CCACAGUAGACCGCGCAGGCCUCUGCCAAUGACGACAGCGCAAAAAAAAGUGAUGGCAAUGAAAACUCGAUGUUGGCACAGAAGGCACUUGCAUCCAGCCCCGCUAAAGAUUUUCUACAGCACGAUUUGCCGCUUCUGAUUUUUCGCUUCGCAGCUCUUCUGGUCCACGCCGAUUUGCUUUCAAUAUCCUGCUUUGUAUUUUUGGAAUAUAGUUUGGAUAUAGCUUCUCCCUUUCACCAGCCAUCAUGGAUAGCGGUGCAGCAGAAAUCGAUCUCUACGAGAUCCUGUCAAUCGAACGAGACGCCUCGCAAGACCAAAUCAAGAAGGCAUACCGAAAGGCUGCGCUCAAGUACCACCCCGACAAAGUCCCCGAGGAACAGAGAGAAGAAUCCGAAAUUAAGUUCAAGGAGGUUAGCCAGGCUUAUGAGAUCCUAUCCAAUGAAGAGAAACGACACUUAUACGACACACACGGCAUGGCUGCCUUCGAUGGACGUGGUGGUCCCGGCGGUCCCGAAGUUGACCUCAACGAUAUCCUCUCGCAGAUGUUUGGAUUCGGUAUGGGCGGACCGGGUGGCCCAGGCGGUCCUGGAGGCCCUCGCAGACCCCAGCGUGGCCCAGAUGAAGAACAAGAGUACAAGGUGACGCUUGAGGAGCUCUACCGCGGCAAGACGGUGAAGUUUGCUGCCAACAAGCAGAUUCUAUGCACCACUUGCAAGGGCUCUGGCGGCAAAGAAAAGGCCAAGGCCACCUCUUGCGAACGCUGUCGAGGAAAUGGAAUGGUCGAGGCUAUCCGUCAGAUUGGACCGGGCAUGAUGCGUCGCGAGACUGUGCUUUGCGACCAUUGCCAGGGUGCUGGGCAGGUUUUCAAAGAAAAGGAUAGAUGCAAGAAGUGCAAAGGCAAGCGCACUACCCAAGAGAAGAAGGUUCUUGAGAUUUACAUCCCCAGAGGCUCUAUGCAGGGUGAGCGUAUCGUCCUCGAAGGCGAGGCCGACCAGUACCCCGAUCAAAUACCUGGCGACAUUGUGUUUACCCUAGUUGAGGAACCCAACGACACCUUCAGCCGUCUCGGAAACGAUCUCUCUGCCGAGCUCAACAUUUCCCUCAGUGAGGCACUCACCGGCUUCAACCGCGUGGUUAUAAAACACCUUGACGGACGCGGUAUUUCCAUCGCGCGACCACAGGGCAAGAUCCUGCGACCAGGCCAGUGUAUCAAGAUUCCCGGGGAGGGUAUGCCUAUGAAGCGGGGCGAUGUCAAGGGAGAUCUGUACCUCCUCGUCAACAUUGAAUUCCCCGAGGAUGGCUGGCUGCCUAACGAUGCGGCAUAUGAGGGCUUGAAGAAAACCCUACCACCUCCUGGUCCACCUAUUGUAGCCGACGAGGUUGACGAACUUGAGUAUGAAGACGAUGUCGAUAUUGACAAGAUGGGUGAGAACUCAGGAGACCCUCGCUUUGGCGGUGAAUGGGAUGAGGAGGAUGUUGAGGACGGUCAGCCCCAAUGCGCAGCUCAAUAAACGCCGACCCUCCUACACUGAGAGACGAAUUGCAUAUAAAAAGAUAUCGGAUGGCUAUUCUGUCGGGAUUUCCGGCGAUAAUAGACGAUGGAAACCAGGCGGGCUAGUCGGCCGAAGUAAUGAGUGAUGAGGAUGACACAAAAAGCAUAGACCAAGGGGACGAGGAGUAUAUGAACGGAAGGCGAAGAACGCACCACACUACCUAAAUGAUGUUAUUGUUUUUCUGCUGCUGAUUAACUAUAUUAACUAUUGAAAUGACCUUGCACACUACUAUGUUCUAGCCAAGCACGAGUUUCUUAGCUGAUAACCUGGCUUUCCUUGGCACGCAUUUCCCUCCACUCGCUCUGUAGAAUGCCCAUGCCAACAUCAUCCCAAAACCGCCCAUCGUGCCAGAGAGCCUGUCGUUUGCGGCCUUCUUCCUUAAAUCCAACUCUCUUAUACAUCUCUAUUGCCCUUAAGUUCCACUCAAACACAUUUAACUCGACACGGUUCAUGUUGGCGUACUUGAACGCCCAGUCCAGGAGCCAUGAUACCGUCUCAGCACCGUAUCCCUGGCCUUGGUACUCUUCUCCAAUUAGAAUACCCACCGAGCAACUCCGAUGGUGGGUCAUAUCAAGACCUGUAUGCUUCAAGCUCACACGUCCAAUGGGAAUCAACGUCCUUUGGCCGGCCGGUUCCUCAGAAUCCGUGUUAACGACGACCUUAUUGAUAACGACAAAUAAGAAUAGCUCCUGGAGAUUUGUCACUACUUUGUCGUGAUAUUUACGAUCCAUAGGACCUUUCAAUUGAGGGGUUCCUUUAAUCCAUGAUUCUGCCUGGCUGUGUAUUUGGAAGAGCGCCUCAUCGUGUUUGGCGGCGUCGAAUGACGUAAAUUCAAGGUUCUUGGAACGGUACGGGUGCAUUGUGGAGGUCUUUCGUUAGUGAAUACUGUAAAAUAAUUGAAUAUAAUAGCUGUUGGAAAGAAAAUAGUAAAGAGGAAUAUUAAUAUUAAUAUUUAAUCACAAGUACGCUAGCUCCAGGUGAGUCAUAGCAUACUGCCGUGGUCUGCAAG